AUGUAAUUUAACCUGACGUGGCUUUGUUGAUAUCGGCGGUUCACCGUCUCAUCCUUAAUUCCCAACUGUUAUAUAUUGUCGGAACAUUGCGCCUAUCAAUCCAGGCUGAGGAAUUGCUCCCAAAAUGUCAGAUGGGUUUGAUCCGUGUGAGUGCGUGUGGACGCACGAACAUGCUAUGCAACGACUCCUUAACAUGUUGAGGAACUCGCAGAAUACCUGCAGUGACACAGAAUGUCUCCAGGAGUUGCCUGGGUCCAACACUGCUCUGGAUGGGGGGUUCAACACAAUGAUGAUGAUGAUGCUGGGGUGGUUGGUAAUUGCCACAGCCCUCUUUCUUUUCCGUCCCCAAAGUUUGAGAGGCAGAGGGGAUUCCAAGCCAGCAGGAGGAGGAGGAGGAGGAAACGGACCAAGUCCGCCUCCCCCAGCUCCCCCUGUACAGUAAUUUACCAAGGGGAAUAACUGUUGACGACUGUGAUCAGGAAGUGAAAUCUGUAACCAUUACCAGGAGUACAAGAUUUAUUCUGUAGCCAUGGAAAUGGACUACAAGUUAUAUUUUUGUUUAACGACUGCUUUGAACCUUGAUACAAAGACACUUAAACGGGGAUGGGGGUGGGAAGUAGUCUAAAGAGUGUAUAUUUGAUAGAUUGUGUCACUGGAAACUAACAAUAAUUUCUGUCUGUGAUUUGCUUUAUCACCAAAUUAUUUAUGAAUUCUGAAUAUGUGUUGAUAAUUACAGUGCCAUGAAGAAGUGUUCAUGUACCCGUAGGCGUCUUUCAUUGGAACGGGGGAAAAACAAUUUUUUUUUUAGACAAGGAUGUAAAUUUAUUUGUUGUUGUUGGGGAAGCUAUGAUGUAAUGUUAAAGACUUGUAUGGGAUUUUUAUUCAAAUGUAAAUUGUAUUAUGUAGAUAUUGUAUACAUAUGUGCAUAUGUGUUGUGCGGUAUGGAGUGUUCACACUCGACAUUUGUAAUGGUUACGUACACUGGACAGAGAUGAUGGGAACAAUCCACUAAGCAGGACUAAUUACAGAGACUGUAAUUAGAAUAUUGUAAUUUCCAUUAUAGCAAAAUGUUUUCAGACAAACCCAAUCUAAGGAACCAUUUAGUCCUACAGCCUAUUCCACAGAGCGGUUUUUUUCACUGCAGUCAGAAUAUCAAAUCUCAGUAUAAUAUUCCUGUCUCAUGGCUACAUAAAUUGAAAUUUUAAUGUAAUUGUCUAAGAAUAACAUUUAUUAAGUGUUCCCAAUUUUAAGUUCCGAAUAAUUAAGUCAUAUUUGUUUAAGUCAUAUUUUCAAAUUUGACAAAGAUGAAAACUGACUUUGUGGAAACUGUCACUGGUGCUUAUGUUAGCUCCACGGGGUCAGGCUCAGUGCACUCAUCCUCACAGGAUUCUGUCAUGUCUGUAUUCAAACAAAGAAAUGUUGUUUUAACUUUGUAAAAGUAGCUUCAAACUUGUAGCAGUUGAACCUUGACUAUGCUUUUUUCUUUUUCUUUUUUUUUUGAGAAAGAAUUGUACUGUGGUUUCAUAGUGUAAGUAGCGCUCAGGAAUCCUGUAAAUUUGCCGUGCAAAUGAUGCUGUUGUAAGAAUGACAACUAACAGAACAUGUUGAUAGCAAGGGAGAAUUCAACAAAAGCUGUAAAAAAAACCCCACAGAUUACUAACAUUUAAAUGCUUAGUUUUGUCGCUUGAAGAGUUGAUCAGAGCUCUGUUUAGUGUACACACUAAUGUAUCAUACUUCAUUGUCAGCUUUUGUGAAAAAAAAUGCACUUAUAUUCCAGUCACAACCAAAGUGUACUGAAGCAGUCCCAUAUCAGCAUGUAAUGCCAGUGUGUGGUAAUCUAUAAUAGUAAGCUUCAUGAUAAAUGCCUGUUUAUUUCAUUUAGCUCUUAUGGUAAUACGCAAGUUUAAAGGUUUUCGAUCAGCAAGUUGUCUUUGAGUUUCAUGUCUGUAACUUGCCUAUUACCACAGCUUUCUGGGGAGAGUCAAACUAAUCCUUGCAAACACUUACUGAGUGACCCUGAGUGACAACACUCAUUUAAUUUUGUGUUUUACUGGUGAACCAAAACUAUAAAAGUGAUCCAGAAAUGGAAGAAAAAUAUAACAGAAAAUUCACCUGUUCAUUUUGAUCUGAUGUUUUCUAUUGAUUUUCUGUAUUUCAAGGCUUUCUGUUCAUGUAUAUUUUCCACAAAUCAGAUGAUUUUAAUUUUUUUUUUUUUUAUACCCUCCGGCGACAUUGAAAAAAAGAUUUAUUCUGCUCGUAAAACAGCAAUUAAAACUUGUGUGACUUAAAGUGUAAAUAAAAGGGUGGUACUGUGCAAGCCUAGCUAAAAUUCUCAUCAGACGAAUCAGUAGCAAGCUACCAGUGGGCUAGGGCCUUGCCUGUGGCAUGGUUGGGGAUCUAAAAGACUGAAUUUUUUAGGCUGGUUGGUUUAGUAGAGGGAGAUAAAAGUACCAAAUUUUAUAGAUCAUAAAUGUUUAGAUAAAUGGAUAUGGUUAUAAAUUUAAGAAGAAAGUAUAUGUAUAUAUUAUUUUGUAAGUAAAAUGAUCCUUAGCUACCUGUACAUUGUUAAUGUGUAUUCAUGUACCGUAUUUCACCGGAAGUUUGGCGGGUAUAACUGCACUGUCAAAAGCACAUAAAGACCUUAAAGCAAAACUUUUGAUGCAAAGGUUGAAGUUUGUGUGAGAGAGAUCAGUUGAACUUUUUAAAGGAUCGUAUGUGCUGGGUGGAUGUAUGGAUCAGAAUCAAGCAAAAUGUGUCACUUUUAAAUGCUAAACUUUUGGUGAAAUACAGUACAUUCAAAUCAUUAUUUUUACACAUUUCACUAACUAAUAAUGUACAAUACGUGCAAUGUUAGGAAGCAUAACUCAAGUCAUUACUUGACAGAUGAUCAGAGUUGUAGCUUACAGUGUAAGUCAUUACUUGACCGGUGAUCAGAGUUGUAGCUUACAGUGUAAGUCAUUACUUGAUCGAUGAUCAGAGUUGUAACUUACAGUGUAAGUCAUUACUUGACCGAUGAUCAGAGUUGUAACUUACAGUGUAAGUCAUUACUUGACCGAUGAUCAGAGUUGUAACUUACAGUGUAAGUCAUUACUUGACAGAUGAUCAGAGUUGUAGCUUACAGUGUAAGUCAUUACUUGACCGGUGAUCAGAGUUGUAGCUUACAGUGUAAAUCAUUACUUGACCGAUGAUCAGAGUUGUAGCUUACAAUGUAAGUCAUUACUUGACAGAUGAUCAGAGUUGUAGCUUACAGUGUAAGUCAUUACUUGACAGAUGAUCAGAGUUGUAGCUUACAAUGUAAGUCAUUACUUGACAGAUGAUCAGAGUUGUAACUUACAGUGUAAGUCAUUACUUGACCGAUGAUCAGAGUUGUAACUUACAAUGUAAGUCAUUACUUGACAGAUGAUCAGAGUUGUAGCUUACAAUGUAAGUCAUUACUUGACAGAUGAUCAGAGUUGUAACUUACAGUGUAAGUCAUUACUUGACAGAUGAUCAGAGUUGUAACUUACAAUGUAAGUCAUUACUUGACCGAUGAUCAGAGUUGUAACUUACAGUGUAAAUCAUUACUUGACAGAUGAUCAGAGUUGUAGCUUACAAUGUAAGUCAUUACUUGACAGAUGAUCAGAGUUGUAGCUUACAAUGUAAGUCAUUACUUGACAGAUGAUCAGAGUUGUAACUUACAAUGUAAGUCAUUACUUGACAGAUGAUCAGAGUUGUAACUUACAAUGUAAGUCAUUACUUGACAGAUGAUCAGAGUUGUAACUUACAGUGUAAGUCAUUACUUGACAGAUGAUCAGAGUUGUAACUUACAAUGUAAGUCAUUACUUGAACAUAACUAGAAACAUGAGUGAUAUCUCAAAACCUAACUGAGUCAUAAUUUAAAACAUAUCUUGAGUAAAGAAAAAAUGCACAUGAACAUUAUUUAUACAUUCACAAGGAAUUGGUUUUUGUGCACAGUACAUAAAUGUAUAUAUAGGUACGAUUGAAAGGUUAGGUGUGAGAGAGGGCUCCCAAUAUGUACACAGCAUGGGAUACCUUUACAUCUUGAUCAAGUCUUGGGCAUCUGUGCCUCAGUCAGUGUGAUAUUGUGAAAUUCACCCAGUUUCAUAUUGAUCAUGUCGGUACUGGUUUUGGCAUUGCAGAAACAUUCUGAGGUAAUAUUUUAUGUCCUGAUCCAGGGACAGUAGUCAUAACAUCUAUAUGCAUCCUUGGCUCUGUGUCAUGAAUGUGUAAUUAUUACGGUUUUUAUUUUGUCAUACAUAUAGUUUAAGACAUCGAUGAUUGCUGAAACUUGUUAUAUAUAGGAACAGUGCUGAAAUAUGGGGUAUUCUUUGGGCAUCAUUUUGUGUAUGGGCUCAUUUGAUAGGUUUCUUGUCGGUCCUGUCUUCAUCGGGAUUGACCUGUUUUCAUAUUUUGUCAUUUUUUUUUAGAACCAGUAUAAUUUGGUUGGUCUUUUAUGUUUGGUGACAGGACUCUAUGUCGUUACAUAUUUAAGAUGUCGUAACAGAAACAAAUAAAUAAUAAAGUACAUCAGCCUCAUGACUGAAGUACUUCACCUAGAGAGCAGAAGUUCUAUCUUUAUGCUACUAGUAAACUUUUUCUUAAGAUGAAUCAAC